CGAUGCUAGUGGCUCUCACAAAAGAAAUAUAGCGGCUAGGGGUCCGGACGACGCCGCCCAACCCCAAGGAUGUUGUCGGGGCUGUCCCGAGCCACUAAACCUAGUGAAAAGGUGCGUGGCCCAAUGGAUGACGCUUGGCCUGCGCACGCUAUCGAUCCACGAGAAAAGACAGUGAACGGAAGGGAGGUCACGUACAGGGUGAAUAGUCACGUCGACCGAACGAAGGUGGCCUGGCUAAAAGAACACACAGUUACGGUGAUUUUCCGCGAAGGAGCACGCUUCCUACGGAAGAAGGUGAAGGACGACGUAGUGAGAGCGUACGAAGACGAACGAACACAGGAUGGUAGCUUCGACCCUAGUACGUUUGGAAGGGGAAGGGUGAAGGUCGAAAGCCUGAAUGUGGUAUCGUAUGUGGCGAAGAGUAGCGCAGUGGCGUUGUGGCUGUUGGAAAGAGGAAGAGACGAGAUCACACUAGGUUCCACAAGAUACGUGUUGGAGUUUAAGGCCUGGAUGACGAAGGCGCAACUGAAGGAGCAGAGAAGGCAAGAGGAGGAAUCAACCUUCUGGGUGAUAGCAGUCCGGGUUCCACUGGACGCUAUGUUUUACCUGGAAGCACAAAUUCGAGAUGCGAUUGGACCAGUGAUACGCACGUAUCCUUCAGAACCGGACAGACAAAAGCCAACGCUGAUAAACUUGAAAUUUGACCUGGAUCCGACAGCGAGGCCAAAUAUGAAGGAUAAGAUAUUUGUGGUGACCUACGAAGGAGACACGUUGGUCGUUAAUCUGGCGUCAUCGGACACCCCCAGAUGUAGAAGAUGCAAAGCAUUCUUCCACGAAGAGGCGCAGUUCCGAAGAAACCGACAACAUCAGAAUCAACAGAGCAAUUCACAAGCAGGCCAGGGAGAUACGCGAGAGGCGUCGGUUACUCAACAACAGUAUAGAGGACCGCUAAAGCGGGGUGGAACCGGUACAAGAGCGGAUGAGGGAGGAAAAUAUGCAAGAUGCCACACGAGAUUAUCUGAAUCCGAUGUUCUCACCAGGGCGCAUUCAAGACCAGGCUAUGUGCUCCCGACCUCGUCAUACCAUGGAUUUCCCCCGGGCAUGCCGAGUACAUACUCGGCCUUCUGGUCGUGGCCGACGUCGGGACUCCAAAAUCAGGAGAUGAACCAAGGAGGGUACGGGAUGUCGUGCAUGCAACUAGGAGAACUUCACACCAAUCAAGGGGAACAAAAUCAGGAGGGAGAUAACCCUUCGGGAGGGUAUAACGUGCCAUAUGCGGCUGCAAGAACCCCGGGGAUGAUCCCGGUAGGAAUAGUGGAAACGAGUCUCCAAGGCGGAUGGGGCAGAUCGUACGGAGCAGCCAGCCCCCCGGGGGGGAUUCGGCUACCAAGAUUGAGGAUGAGGGAACAAGCGGGGAAGAAGUACAAGAAAGUGGCAACGGACGAAAUGAAGGACGAGUGUCGUCAGCGACAAUUCAUCGGCAAGACCAAGAAUUACACGAGGUAGACGAGGCGGAAGGAGGGUCUACUGGACAUAGACGUCCUACACUUGGGAAACAAAGGAGGCUCAGCAGA